AUGGCUUCAAACAGUUUGUUCAGCAGCCCCAUGCUGUACUGGGAUCCGGUAGUGAAGCGUCCGCCAACGCCGUCGCCCGCCGACCGCCAUCAGGACGCCCGUGAGGGCCGGCCCCGCCAGCCGCGCAGCACAGCGCCCCCUAGAGGCCUGGUGCAGACCGACAGCCCGAACUUCCUGUGCAGCGGCCUGCCGCAGCACUGGAGGUGUAACAAGACGCUGCCGAGGACCUUCACCGUGGUCGCCGCGUGCAACGACGUGCCGGACGGCGUGGUCGUCAUGGUGAUGGCCGGCAACGACGACAACUGCAGCGCCGAGUUGCGCAACGCCACCGCGACCAUGAAGCAAGGCCACGCCCACUUCAACGACCUGCGCUUCAUCGGCCGCAGCGGCAGAGGUAAGAGCUUCACUCUGUCCAUCAACGUUCUGACGGCGCCGCCUCAGAUCGCCACCGUGCAGCGAGCCAUCAAGGUCACCGUGGACGGGCAGCGGCUGCCGAGACGACAGAGGCAGAAGGAGGGGAAGUCGGCAGUGUUCCGGUUGCCUAGCAGCAGCACGUCAUCAUCAGACUGUAGACCCUAUCCCUCCUCUCGGUGGACCGAGCCGUCGUUCCUGGGCCAGGUGACCUCCUUCCCUCCGACUCCCAGAAUGCACCACCUGCCUGCCCUCCCCUACUCCAGCCAGCCCGCCGCCUACAGCCCCUUCCUGUCCGCCGCCCCACCCCCCCCGCUGAGCCACGGUGGUCCGUUCCAGCCGGGCAACUUCUACUACGGACCAAACCAAACGCUCCAGACCGCGGGGGAGGAGCGCAACGUCGUCGCCACUCUGGCCAAUUACAUAGAAGGGGCGUGUCUCUCGAUAAGAGGGGAGGAGCCUGUCUGGAGGCCUUAUUAGAUACAAUAUUGUGGGGG